CGUGGGGUGAUCUGAGGCUUUGAUUUUGAUUUCCCUCCAGACACUAUGUUACCUUCAAUUUUGCUCUUGCUGCUCUCCUGCACGCUAUUGAGUUUCGCCAACACAGAGAUAGUCACUUUUGAAACCUCCAAUGCCAAUUAUGUGGACGUUUCGGAAGCUUUAGGGUGGACCAUACUACGCCCACAAGAAAACGAGCAAAUGCUGAGCGUCCCUUCAGUACCUCAUAAACGAGAUCAAGCCUCGAAGAGACGACCUCCCUCAUCUUCUGACGAAGGGAUAUCUCAGCAAAAUGAAGUCUGGUUGAAGUUAGCUCUGGACGAAGAGGAGUGGAAAGCAUUUUCGAAGUUUACUUUACGCGUCUCGUGGCCCGCGAACUAUCCUACCGACUUUUCAAUCGACAUACUCUCGCCUGAAGCGAUGGCGUCACACUUUUCCUCUGCAAAGAUAUCGAGAAAUUCGACUGUGACUACGCGCGUCAAGUAUGCCCGCAUCACUGCUGUCCAUACUGGAGUAAUUAUACCAGCUCUUUCGCAUAUUGAGCCGAAACCGGUGCCGUUCGUUGUUAUUCUAGAGGGUCUCUACUUUGGGGUUCUCCCAGCUUCGGUUGUGCCUAUCGUGGGAUUCAUCGCUCUGGUCCUGCCGGGAAUGUGGUUUGUGGUGAAAAAGAUAAUUGAGACUGUGGAAUGUGUGGCGGAAGAGGCUAGGAAAGAGUUGAAGGUCACUAGCAAGGACAAGAUAAAGUAAUGUUUGUCAAUGGAGCCUUCUCGACACACCCGGCCGCUUCCUGGAAAGGAUCGCUAUCGAUCGCCAUACACCGAGCAUCCCUCAAACCCCGACUUACAGACAUGUGCCAUCAUGAAGUAAACCUUUGUAGUUCGGUGAUUGACCAUUCCUCAAACGGGUAUCGAGGCGAGGCGUGGUACACGAUGAUAAACGAAUGUAACGUGAGAUCCCAGACAAUUAAAAGUGCGAUAAGUUGUUGAAAGAAUGCUGGUAAUCGAUUUGGAAAACGAAACAAAAAAUAAGGACUUGAUCCGCAUGGCUAAAUUAACGAGACCAAGACAUCAGCGCUCAGUAAUAAUAGGGAAGAGAACGUGUAAGAACGUGUAAGGAAUGUGUAUGAGGUAGAGGAGCAAUAAAUUGAUAGACUAAGUCCAUGGGAUGCAUAAUGUAAUGGCCUUUGAUAAUAACGACGAGAAAUUGCAUACGAAAGAUUGGAUUCAAACUUUUGACAUUUGUGGACCUAGCAAAGCAGACAGACGAGGAGAUGCAGGAUAACGAGCUGACGAUAGAAGGGGGGAAAAGAGACGUCCAGUUCAGAAAGGAACCAUUACGGACGAGGAGAAGGAGAAAAGAGAGAGAACAUUUUUUCCGCGUUCUCUUUGUACUUCUUCAGCUUCUUGUUCUUCUGCUUGUCCCUGUCAUCAGGUACCACUUCGAUGGCAUCCCCGUUACCUGAAUUGCCCGAAGAGUGACUGUUGGCACCC